AUGCCUCCCCGUCAAGGCCGUUACCAACCUGCCCGUGAAUUCCACGUUGUUGUGCUAGGUGCAGGUGGUGUUGGCAAAAGUUGCCUCACAGCUCAGUUCGUACACAACGAAUGGAUUGAGAGCUAUGACCCUACAAUAGAGGACUCCUACCGGACUACGGUCUCGGUCGAUGGACGGCAGGUGGUUCUGGAAAUCCUUGACACCGCGGGCACUGAGCAAUUUGUUGCCAUGAGAGACCUGUACAUGAAAACUGGCCAGGGAUUCCUGUUGGUUUUCAGCAUCACAUCUUCGUCGUCACUGGCCGAGCUUGCAGGCCUCCGCGACGAGAUCAUCCGGAUCAAGGACGACGAGAACAUCCCGAUAGUCAUCUGCGGCAACAAGGCAGAUCUCGAGGAUCAGAGAUCCGUCCCUCGCACUAAGGGUUUCUCACUCUCCCAGAGAUGGGGUGCACCCUACUACGAGUCUAGCGCGAGAACGAAAACAAACGUUGAUGAAGUCUUUGUGGACCUCUGCCGGCAGAUGCUGCGCAAAGAUGAUGCCGGGGAGAGCUAUCUCCAGGAGGAACAAGACUUCGAUCCCUAUUCGAUAUCCUACUACAAGAAGAGGAGAAAGCAGAGGAGGGAACGGGAUAGAGACCCGCAUCGUCCCAGAUGCGUCAUUCUAUGA